GCCUUUUUGAUUGGAGGUUUGGAACCUUAAAAGCAAAGCCAAAUAAUUACGUAUAAUUCUUUAUCAAUGGACAUGCACUAGUUCUUUUCUUUCUUUCUAAAUGGACAUGCACUAGUUCUUUUCUUUCUUUCUAAAUAAUUAGGUUUGUAUUGUGUUUUUGAGAGCUGAGAGAGGGAGAGAGAGAGUGAAAGCGGGUUUGAUUUUGUUGGAGUUGAUCAUUUUGGGAAGCAAAAGUAGAAAAGAUGAUUGGAAGGAGUAGUACUACUGUGAAGAAGAAAGAACCCAAGAAGGACAAGGGUCAAGGCUUGAUAGAUGUGGUGUUUUCUUGGUCUCUUUCUGAUGUUCUCAACAGACAUCUUUACAUGGGCAAGGUCAAGCAAAUUCCAAUGACAUAUUUAUCAACUGAUCACUACAUGAAGUCAUUCAUCAACCCACUUAUUGAAGAAACACGUGCUGAUUUGUUAUCAUCCCUGGAAAAGGUGUCUCGUGCACCAAUCUGUGAAAUAUUGUCUGUUGAAUUGUCCAAAAACUACAAUCCUCCAAAGGACUUGUACUACAAAAUCUUACUGAAGAGAAACAGAGAAAACACUGCAAAUGAUCACGAAGGAAGUUAUGAGCCAGAGUUUGGAGACCUCAUUGCCUUGACAGAAGUCAGACCCAAAUGCAUUGAUGAUCUCAACAGGCCUAAAUCACCUUAUCUUGUUGCGCUCGUUCAUAGAGUGAAGGAUGAAUAUGAUCAGGAUAAGCUUACAAUUAGGACUUCAAAUCCCAUCACUUUUGAAGCAGAUAAAGAAAUGGAUAAGAAGAUUAAGAAGAAGAAAAGUCUUUUUGCUGUUUAUUUGACAAACAUGACGACUAAUGUUCGGAUAUGGACAGCAUUGAACUCAGAGCUGGAAGGGGCAAACUUGAACAUCAUCAAAAGAGUUCUUCGAACUGAAUCCAUAAUCGAGGCAGAUUGUACUCAGUGCGUCUCUCAAGUGAAUGAGAGUGUUGCUUUACCCAACACAAAGAAUUGCAUCAGUUCUUUCAAGCUGGAUAAUUCCCAAAAGGCUGCUAUUUUAAGUUGUGUCGCUACGAGGGAAUGCCAUCAUCAGAAUUCUGUCAAACUAAUUUGGGGCCCACCAGGGACUGGGAAGACAGGGACAGUCGGUGCAUUGUUGUUUGCUUUGUUGAAAAUGAAAUGCAGAACACUGACUUGUGCUCCAACUAACAUUGCAGUGUUGGAAGUCACAACUCGGCUUGUGAAUUUUGCAAGAAAUUCACUUCAGUAUGAUACUUAUGGGUUAGGAGAUAUAGUUUUAUUUGGUAAUGGGGAGAGAAUGAAGAUUGAUGAUCAUGAAGACCUUUUUGAUGUGUAUCUUGAUUACCGUAUUUCUGCUCUUUAUGGUUGUUUUGCUCCAAUGUAUGGGUGGAAAAAUAGUAUUGAAUCAAUGAUUUGUUUGCUUGAAGACCCUCAAAAAAUGUACCUCUUGUAUUUGGAAAAAGAAAAAAUGAAAAAAGAUGAGGAUGAGGAGGAAGAGGAAGAGGAAGAGAAAAUUUUUGGAAAUGAGAAGGUAAAUAACAAUCAAGACAACGAGGGUGGCAUCUAUGAUCAAGACUUGAAAGAUAAGGAUAAAAAGAAAAUUUGGAUGAAGGCAAUUGCUCAAACCAUAAAGGAGAACAAGAAAAAGGACAAAAAAAAACAGAAUAAGAAAGAGCCUUCUCAGAGAAAAAGCCAAUUGAAGUGUGAUAAAGGAAAGAAGGGGGAUAAUUCCACUCAAUGUAAGAAAAACAGAGGAGAAAGAAAAGAGGAAGGUGACAAUCUUUUGACAUUUGAGGAGUUUUUUAUGAUGAAGUAUAAAUUCUUUGGAAAUAAGCUUAUCUUUUUUAUUACAAGUUUGUACACCCAUAUGCCAACUUCAUUCAUUUCACUAGAAGUAGCAAAGAAGAUGAUAAAAGCUGUUGAUCUGUUGAAGUCUGUUGGAACUUUGCUAAAUACUAGUGCUUCGGCAAAUGAGGGUUUGAGAGUAGUCUUCAAUGGAAUUGAAGAUGAAAGAAGCAGUGUUCAUCGAUUAGCGAAGUUGAGUUCAGCCAAGAGCAAUUGCCUUAGAGUACUAAGAUUCCUUCGCCAAUCAAUAUUGUUGCCAAACAAUAUGACUGAUGAAUAUCUAAUUCGAAGUUUUUGCUUGCAAAACGCAUGCUUGAUAUUCUGCACUGUUUCAAGCUCUGCUAAAUUGCACACAGAAGGAAUGACACCACUAGAACUAUUGGUUAUUGAUGAGGCUGCUCAGCUCAAAGAAUGUGAGUCUACAAUUCCCUUGCAGCUCCUUGGUCUUCGUCAUGCUAUACUCAUUGGGGAUGAACUACAACUUCCUGCAAUGGUCCAAAGCGAGAUUUGUGAAAAGGCUGACUUUGGAAGAAGCUUAUUUGAGAAGCUGGUGUUAUUAGGACAUAAAAAGCAUCUUCUUGAAGUCCAGUAUAGAAUGCAUCCAUCGAUAAGCUUAUUUCCAAAUAGGGAAUUCUACCACAAUAAGGUUUUGGAUGGUCCAAAUGUCAUACAGAGAACAUAUGAGAAACGCUUCCUUCAAGGAAAGAUGUUUGGCUCCUACUCUUUUAUAAAUGUAGCCUCUGGCAAAGAGUGCUUUGAUGAUAGGUAUAGUAGGAAAAACAUGGUGGAGGUAGCUGUGGUUGUUGAGAUUGUUGCAACCCUUUUUAAAGAAUCAGUGGCAUCAAAACAGAAGGUAAGGGUUGGUUGCAUAUCACCAUAUAAAGCUCAAGUAUUCGCACUUAAAGAUAAACUUGAAAAGACAUACAGUACAGAUGCGAACAGUGACUUCUCUGUGAGUGUUCGAUCUGUUGAUGGGUUUCAAGGUGGUGAGGAGGAUGUGAUAAUUAUCUCUACCGUGAGAUGUAAUGGGCGUGGAUCAGUGGGCUUCCUUUCCAAUCGUCAAAGAACAAAUGUGGCUCUGACUCGAGCAAGGCAUUGCCUUUGGGUAUUGGGGAACGGCGCUACAUUAAUCAAUAGUGGCACUGUUUGGAAGAAAUUAGUCCUAGAUGCAAAGUCACGUGGUUGUUUCUACGACGCUAAUGAUGAUAGGAACUUGGCUCAAGCUGUUUCAGGUGCCUUAGUUGAGUUUAACCAACUUGAUACAUUGCUCAAAACAGAUUCACUACUGUUUAGUAAUACAAAGUGGAAGGUUUGCUUCAGUGAUGAUUUUAUGAAAUCAAUGGCUAGAAUAAAGAAUUUAGAGGUUCGCAAGGAAGUGCUUUCUCUUUUAGACAGGCUUUCAAAUGGGUGGCGACUGAAUCGUCAAAAGGACAAAGUCCUCCACAUGAAUGGGGCUUCUUCUGAGCUGUUGGAGCUGUACAAGGUCAACGGAUUAGUGAAUCUCGCAUGGAGCGUAGACAUUGAAAGGGAAAACUCAAAAGACUUCCAGGUUCUUAAGGUCUGGGACAUUCUUCCAUCGUCCGAAAUACCAAAACUAGCUAAUCAUCUCGACACCUUCUUUGGGAAUUAUACAGUCGCUUUUAUGAAUCGUUGCAAAUGCAAGAAGAUCGAAGGGGAUGUAGUAGUCCCAAUGACAUGGCCAGUCGACUCAAGUGCUGGUAGGAAGACUUCUCUGGCUGAUGCUGAUCAUGUUCGGUUCUUAGAAAGCCAAGUAGCUUCGCUAAGUUUAAAGGAUGAGCCAGGAUCAACAUCUGAAUUUAGUAGAAGAAAUCGCGUGAAGUUCAAAACGAAGAGCGAGGGAAAAUCCAUUGGAAUGAAGCAGAGAUGGGAAAAGCAGCAGUAGAGAGCAGAGCAAUUUUUGGCAAAUCUCUCAGACACAACAGAUUGCUGCUAUACUGAAGUUUGUAACUCCUUGAUUGGUGAUGCAUUUUGGUUUCCAAGAUCAUAAACACUUUCCAAAAUUAUGAAGUCUUUAUUGGUUAAUUGCAAUGAGCUUUGGCUGCCUUUGGAGCCUUUCAUCCAAACAUGGUGUCCUUAAUUAUCCUUGUUUCUUAUACUAGUUUUGGUCUCUUUUGUUUCA